ACAAGCGGAGGUUUAUGCUGUGCUCAGUGGGUUUUGCAGUAGUAGGUCUGAACUCUUAGAAGUGAAAUUUGCAAUGACCGGGGUGUAGGUGGUGAUAGACUAAAGGCAACGCGAGAAACAGAAAGAGCAGAAGGGAGGGAGAGAGAGGGUAGCAGAUACUUGGUAACGCAUCACAGCAGGACAGGCAAUCGAAUCUAUAGGCGCUCAGCCAGCGACGGACGAGGAAGGUGCAGGUGAUGUCGUGCAGUGUGGGUUUAGGUGGCAGGAUGACAUUUGCCAAGUUUCUCCUUUCCUUCUUCAUUCUCCACUCUUUCUGUGAAGGCUCCAACCAGCCGCCACGCUUCCUGAACUACUUCUUUUCAACCUACCUUCUUAUCUAUGAAGAUACGCCCAUCGGUUCAUCAGUGGCCCAGCUGCAGGCAAUUGAUCCUGAGGGGGAGCCUCUGAUGUUUGGGAUCUCAGGAGAAGAGGCCAUGAGGUAUUUUUCAGUGAACCAAGAAACUGGCGUGGUCUGGCUUCGACAGCAGCUCGACCGUGAGACCAAGUCAGAGAUGCAGGUCGUCUUCUACGUGAGUGACAUUCAAGAGGUGGUCAGAGACACUGUAAAUAUCCAGAUUGGAGAUGUAAAUGAUAAUGCGCCUACCUUCCAUGGACAGCCUUAUACCGUCCAAAUCCCAGAGGACACACCAGUGGGUCUGUCAGUGUUUAUGGUGAAUGCCACAGAUCCAGACCAGGGCACCGGUGGCAGUGUUCUCUUCUCCUUCCAGCCACCUUCUCCCUUUUUCGCCAUUGAUGGUGCCAGAGGUAUUGUCACCGUGAUCAGAUCUCUGGACUAUGAGACAACCACAGCCUACCAGCUGACUGUCAAUGCCACGGAUCAAGACAAAAUAAGACCACUCUCCCGACUUGCUAACUUAGCUGUCGCCAUCCUGGACGUCCAGGACAUGGACCCCAUUUUCACCAAUCUGCCCUACAGUACCAACAUAGAGGAGAACGUACCCCUGGGAUACGUAGUGCGGAAGUUAACAGCCAUUGACCAAGAUCUUGGCCGACCAAGAGGCAUCGGCUACACCAUCGUCUCAGGGAACACCAACAGUGUUUUUGCCCUGGACUACAUCAGCGGGUCCCUCACAGUAAAUGGCCAGUUGGACAGAGAAAACCCACUCUACUCAGCAGGAUUCACUCUCACUGUCAAGGCCACAGAGUUGAAAGAUGAUCGCACUCCAUCAGAUGCAACAGUGAUGACCACCUUCACCAUUCUGCUAAUUGACAAAAAUGACAAUGCUCCAAAGUUCAACAGUUCUGAGUACCGAGUCCGCAUCACUGAACUGGCUCAGGUGGGCUUUGCCCUGCCCCUCUUCAUCCAGGUCGAAGACAAGGAUGAGGGGGUGAACAGCAUGUUCCAAGUAUUUCUAACAGGAAACAGUUCAGAGUACUUCACCAUCUCCCCCACAGCAGUACAGGGGCGUGCUGACAUCAGGAUAAGGGUGGCGAUGCCUCUUGACUACGAAGAAAUUCGCAGCUUCAGUUUCUCUCUCUAUGCUAAUGAGUCCAUGUCUGACCAUGUAGGAUUUGCCCGUGUCAUUAUUGAGCUUAUCAAUGAGAAUGAUAACAGGCCUAUCUUCAGCACACCGCUGUACAACAUCAGUAUUCCUGAAAACACAGCCCCUGGCACCUCACUGCUACAAAUCCUGGCUACAGACAAAGAUGCAGGCACAUUUGGGAUUGUGCAAUACUACUUCAGUGACGACCCAGAUCAGUUUUCAGUAAAUGAAGAUACAGGCUUGGUCACUCUGCGGGCCAGUCUGGACUAUGAGUUGAUGCAGCGCUUCACACUGACCGUGCUGGCAAGAGACGGUGGCGGGGAAGUGACGACGGGGAGAGUGCGUGUCAAUGUGCUGGAUGUCAAUGACAAUGCACCGCUCUUUCAGAAGGAGGCGUAUGUGGGCUCACUGAGAGAGAAUGAACAGGCUGUCCAGGCAGUGGCACGAGUCAGGGCUACAGAUGAAGAUUCUCCUCCCAACAACUUACUGACAUACACCAUCACUUCAGUCUCGGCCUUCCCCGAUUACUUCAGGAUCAUCAUGGUGGAAGGUUAUGCAGUUAUCAAUGUGAUCAAGCCUCUGGACUAUGAGCAGGUUCCCAAAGGGAUGAUCUACUUGACAAUAAUGGCCAAAGAUGGGGGAAACCCAGCCCUCAACAGCACUGUCCCUGUCACAGUGGAGGUGAUUGAUGAAAAUGACAACCCCCCUGAAUUCAGCACACCGUCCUAUGUCAUCAGAAUCCCAGAGAACAUUAUUGCCGGGGCAACUGUGCUGCUUGUGAAUGCUACUGAUUUGGACGCCUCCCGGGAGUUUGGCCAGGCCUCACUCAUCUACUCCCUGGAGGGCUCCUCUCAGUUUCGUCUCAACUCGCGCUCAGGAGAGAUCACCACCACAGCUCUGCUGGACCGGGAGCAGAAAUCAGAGUACAUCUUGAUAGUCAGAGCUGUAGAUGGAGGGGUGGGCCCACAGCAGAAGACGGGCAUCGCCACGGUAAACAUUACCAUCCUUGACAUCAACGACAACGCCCCUGUGUGGAGAGAUGAGCCGUACUAUGCCAACGUAGUGGAGAUGAGCCCAGUAAACACUGAUGUUAUUUCUGUGUUGGCAGUGGACCCUGACAAUGGGGAAAAUGGGACAGUGGUGUACAGUAUCAGUCCCGAAAACCCCUUCUACACCAUCAAUUCCAAUACAGGGAAGAUUCGUACCAGUGGUGCAACCCUAGACAGGGAAAGCUCCAACCCCAGGGACACAGUACUCAUGAGAACCAUUGUCAUCUCAGCUGUGGACCGUGGUGUUCCUCCACUGCGUGCAUCAGUAAGCACCACAGUAUUUGUCAACCUGCUGGAUCUCAAUGACAACGAUCCAACCUUCCUCAACCUGCCCUUUGUGGCUGAAGUGCCAGAAGGGCUGCCUAUUGGAUCCUCUGUUUUUAGGGUCCAAGUGGAGGAUCCAGAUGAGGAUAAGAAUGGAUUGAUUACGAUGGCAUUACAGAUGGGUAUGCCUCGCCUUGACUUCUACCUGAACAACAUCACUGGCAUUCUUACCUCCACAGCAGUUCUGGACCGUGAGCAGAUUGGGCAGUAUUUUUUGAGGAUCAUAGCCUAUGAUGCAGGAAAGUUCCCUCGCACCUCCACCUCAACCCUCACUAUCACCGUGCUGGAUGUAAAUGAUGAGACGCCCACCUUCAACCCUCGCGUGUACAAUGUUUCCCUGAAGGAGAAUGUCCCUAGAAACUACAUUGUAGCAAGCCUCAGCUGCACUGACAACGACGCUGGUCUCAACGCCGAACUUAGCUACUUCAUCACAGGUGGUAAUCAAGAUGGUAAAUUUAGUGUGGGCUUCAGAGAUGGAGUUGUUCGGACGGUAGUCAGCCUGGACAGAGAGACCCUAGAUGCAUACACUCUGGUCAUUGAAGCUAUAGACAACGGUCCAGCAGGUAGCCGCAGGACAGGCACAGCCACUGUGUAUGUUGAGGUGCAGGAUGUUAAUGACAACAGACCCAUCUUCCUCCAGAACAGCUAUGAGACCAGCGUACUGGAGAGUGUGCCCCAAGGAACCAGCAUCCUUCAGGUUCAAGCUACAGAUGCAGACCAGGGGGAGAAUGGUCGAGUUCUGUACAGGAUCCUCACUGGGAACAGUAACAAUCUGUUUAGCAUAGACAGACAGACGGGGCUAGUGACAAGAGGCCCCAGGGCUCUAGACCGAGAGACCAGCAGCUCUCAUGUGCUGGAAGUGGAGGCCUACAACAGUGACGAGGGCAGCAUGAGGAGCUCUGUGAGGGUGAUCAUAUAUGUGGAUGAUGCCAAUGACGAAGUGCCAGUGUUUACCCAGCAACAAUACAACCGUCUGGGCCUUAGAGAGACCGCUGGCAUUGGUACCUCUGUGAUUGUGGUGCGGGCCACAGACCCUGACACGGGUGAUGGUGGAGCUGUGGCUUACGCCAUUGUUUCUGGCUCGGAUCGCAAGUUUGAGGUAGACAUAAGCACCGGCCUGGUUACCACUGUAGACUAUCUGGACUACGAGACCAAGACCACCUACCUGAUGAAUGUCUCGGCCACUGACCAGGCUCCACCCUUCCACCGAGGCUUCUGCACCGUCUAUGUGACAUUACUUAAUGAGCUGGAUGAGGCCGUGGCCUUCCUCUCUGCCAGUUAUGAGGCUUCGCUACGUGAGAACAUCGCCACGGGGACAGAGGUUGUCCAGGUGCGGGCCCAGUCAGCCGACAACUUGAACCAGCUGACUUAUCGCUUUGACCCUGAUACGUCACCUGCAGCUCUGGCCCUCUUCAAGAUAGACAGUGUCACGGGCCGUAUCACAGUGACAGGCCUGCUGGACAGAGAGAAGGGGGAUAUGUACACCUUGACUGUUGUGGCUGAUGAUGGAGGACCUAAAAAGGACUCCACUGUGAAGGUUUCAAUCACCAUUCUGGAUGAGAAUGACAACAGUCCAGAGUUUGACAUCACAUCUGAUACUUCAGUGAGCAUCCUAGAAAACACACCCAUCGGGAGAAGAGUGGCACUAGUGGCUGGAAGGGACAAAGAUGCUGGAUUGAAUGGACUGGUCAAUUUCAGUUUGGUGGCAGGCAACAUGGAGGAUGUGUUCAAGAUCAAGACAGUGAACCACACAUAUGGAGAGGUUUAUGUCAAUGCUCCCCUGGACAGAGAGUCAGUAGACCGCUACCUUUUGAAGGUGCGUGCCACUGACAAUGGGUCACCUCCCAGGCAAACAGAUCAGUCCCUCACCAUCAACAUCUUGGAUGUCAAUGACAAUGCACCUGUUAUUGAAAGCCAGAGAGGCUACAAUGUCAGCAUAAGCGAGAAUGUCGGAGGAGGUACGUCAGUCCUCCGAGUGACAGCUACUGAUCGAGAUAUCGGUCCCAACGCCAUGCUGUUUUACUACAUAACCGCUGGAAACCAAGACCUGACGUUCCGCAUGGACCGUGUGACAGGAGAGAUGGUGACACGGCCAGCCCCUCCUGACCGAGAGCGCCAACAAGAGUACCAACUCACUGUCACUGUGGAAGAUGAUGGGACGCCGCCUCUGUCGGCCUCAACUACCAUCUAUGUUCACAUUGUGGAUGAAAACGAUAAUGCUCCAGAGUUUCCUGAAGAGGAGUACAUCACAGUGCUGAGAGAGGGACCAGACACAGUGGGUGCCACCAUCGCCACGGUAACAGCCAUUGACCCAGACGAGGGUCUGAAUGGCACCAUACGAUAUGCUAUUGCUCAGGGUAACCUAAUCCAGACCUUCCAAAUCAACAACAUCACGGGGAGAAUUACAGCUGUAAAGGAGCUGGACUAUGAGAUCAGCAAUGGACACUACACACUGGUCGUCACAGCAACAGACCAGUGUCCAAAGCUUGCUCUUCGCCUGACAUCAAGCACAACAGUGCUUGUAAACGUCAUAGACGUGAACGAUGUGACACCUACUUUCCCCAGAGCCUACGAGGGCCCCUUCGAGGUUACUGAGGGCCAGCCAGGACCCCGAGUCUGCACACUCAAAGCCAGCGAUCAAGACUCCGGGCUCAAUGGCCAAGUAGAGUACAGCAUCACCGGUGGAGACUUCCAAAAUGAGUUCAUGAUUGCUCCAGUGGAGGGUGAGCUUCGGGUGAGGAGAGAUGUAGAGCUGGACAGAGAGACCAUGGCCUUCUACAAUAUAACAGUCACAGCUCGAGACCUGGGCACCCCGUCUCGCAACAGCUCGGUCAUGGUGGGGGUGCUUGUGCUGGACAUCAAUGAUAAUGAUCCAGUUCUUCUGAACCUGCCUUUCAACACCAGUGUGAGCGAGGGUGCCUCUAUACACACCUCUGUGGCCACAGUCCAAGCAAAAGAUGCAGACAGCGGACGCAAUGCACUGCUCACUUAUAACAUCACUGCGGGCAACCUGGAUGGAGCCUUCUACAUCGUUGACACGACAGGUGUGGUUCAAGUGAACAGGCCGCUUGACAGAGAGCGAGUGGCUGAAUACAGACUCACGAUUACUGUCAAAGACAACCCUGAGAACCCUCGCAUUGCUCGCAGGGAUUCAGACCUCUUGGUGAUCACUAUUCUGGAUGAAAAUGACAACAGGCCUAUAUUCACCAAGACCAGCUACAGGGGUGAAAUCACUGAAAACUCUGCAGCAGGCAGCACUGUAACAGUGUUAAAUGGACCGGUUCUGGCUGAGGAUAAGGACAUCGGGCCUAAUGCUGUGGUGAAGUACCGCCUGCUAGGACCCAGGGUGGACCUCUUUACUGUGGAUGCUGAUACUGGUGUAAUACUUGUGCGGCAGGGGGCGAAGUUGGACCGUGAGGCAUUUCAAGAUCCUCGGGUAGAGGUCCUUCUAGUUGCAGAGGACAUAGGAGGUUUAAACAGCAGUGUCCCUCUAACAGUUACCAUCCUGGACCAAAAUGACAACCCUCCUGUCUUCAGCCCAUCCAGCUUCAGCGUUCAACUCCCUGAGAACAGCCCCACUGGUGUGGUGGUGACUCAGCUGUCCGCCACUGAUGCUGACUCUGGCUCUAAUGGCUGGCUGAUGUAUCGGCUGGAAAGCGGUGCUCAGGAUCGCUUUGUGGUUGGCCCGCUCUCUGGGGCUGUCUUGGUAGGCAACACCACUCUAGAUAGAGAAGAGCGCGAGUCCUAUCGCCUGGUCGUUGUGGCAAUUGAUCGUGGCACACCCCCUUUGACAGGCACAGCCACCCUGACAGUCAUCUUGGAUGAUGUAAAUGACUCACGGCCCCGUUUUUUGGAGCCCGUAACCAUGAUAAAUGUCAACGAGUCCACGCCGCCUGGUGUAGUGGUGGCCACUCUGACUGCUGAGGACCUAGAUCUGCAUCCCCGGCUGGAGUAUUACAUCAUCUCAGUGGAGGCAAAGGAUGAUGGGAACAAGCCAGUGGAUGGCCUGCAGGAAUCCUUUGGUAUUGAUUUACACACUGGUGCAGUGUUCGUACGGAACCCGAUCAACAGAGAGCUGGUAGCUACAUUUGAGAUCAUUGUAUCUGUACAUGACAAUGCCAGCGAUGUUAUUGACAAGUCACAGAGUGUUCCUAAUGCGAGACUAACCAUCAACGUGUUGGAUGUAAAUGACAAUGCCCCUCGUUUCCGGCCCUUUGGAGUGACCAAUUUCACAGAGAAGAUUUUAGAAGGAGCUCAGCCAGGCACAACACUGCUGUCAGUCUCAGCUGUAGACCCGGAUAAAGGUCCCAACGGCCAGGUCACCUACCAGCUGCUUCACUUGCCCCGAGGAGGCUACGUCAGACUGGAGGACCCUGCCAUUGGUAAGGUCGUAGCGAACCAGACUGUAGAUUUUGAGCAGAUACAGUGGCUUAAUUUCACAAUCCAGGCCCAGGACCAUGGCACUCCUCCCAGGAUAACUGAGCUGCCAGUUUAUCUCUGUAUUGUGGAUGUCAAUGACAACAAUCCUAUCUUCCUACAACCCUCAUAUCAGGAGCCAGUGUUUGAGAAUGUGAACCUGGGUACCACCAUAGUUCGCGUCAGCGCUACAGAUGCUGAUUCUGGCCUCUUUUCUGUCAUUGAGUAUAGCCUGGUAGACGGAGAGGGCAAGUUUGGCAUAAAACCGUCUACUGGUGAGAUCUACGUCCUCUCUCCUCUGGACAGAGAGACAAAGGACCAUUACACUCUAACCGCCGUUGCCCGAGACAACCCUGGUGGCAGUCCCAACAACAGGCGAGAGAACGCUGUCCAGGUCCUAGUGACAGUUCUUGAUAUUAAUGACUAUCGACCACGUUUUACGGAGAGGGUGUACAACACCAGCGUGUUUGAGAAUGAGCCCAGUGGGACGUCUGUGAUCACAGUGAAGGCUAUUGACCUGGAUGAAGGAGAGAAUGGAGCAGUACUUUACACCAUGUUGGGACCCCAUUCAGAUGCAUUCUCCCUGGAUCCAAACACAGGACUGAUCCGUUCUCGCCGCCUGCUUCAGUCUUCGGAGAGUUUCAACCUGACCGUGGUGGCUACAGACCAGGGGCGUCCUCCACUGUGGGGCACUGCAGACCUGAUCAUCAUAGUCAUAGACGUUAACGACAACAGACCUGUGUUUGUCAGGCCCGCCAAUGGAACUAUCAUCCAUAUCUUAGAGGAGCAGCCACCAGGAGUGCUGGUGUAUGAAGCCCAUGCAACGGACGCUGAUGAGGGUGUGAACGGAGAGGUCCGUUAUGCCUUCUUGCAGACCGGAUCAGGUAACAGAGACUGGGAAAACUUCCACAUUGAUGCCAUGUCUGGAGUCAUAACAACUACUGUGAAACUGGACCGAGAGAAACAGGCCCUCUAUAGCCUUAUAAUUGUGGCUCGUGACAUGGGCCAACCGGUGCCUUACGAGACCACGCAGCCUCUGCAGGUGGCACUUUUGGACAUUGAUGACAACGAACCCGUCUUCCUUAAGCCACCGCGUGGCGCCUUGCCGUACCAGUUGCUCACAGUGCUUGAGCAAUCCCCUCCAGGUACUGUCGUGGGGAACAUAACCAGAGCUUUGGAUGCCGAUGAAGGCUCCAAUGCCAUCGUCUACUACUUCAUUGCAGGGGGAAACAGUGAUGGGAACUUUGGCUUGAGUAUAAAUGGAGAGCUGAAGGUCCUCAAGGAACUGGACCGGGAGGUGAUCCCAGCUUACUCCAUCAUCGUCAAGGCUUCUAGCAACAGGAGCUGGGCUCCUCCUAGGAGCAUGAGGGCAGCACAACCCAAACCCCUGGACCCUGCCCAGGACCCCAGCCUGCUGGAAGUUCGAAUUGAACUGGAAGACAUCAAUGAUCAGACACCACGCUUCACCAAGGCUGAGUACACUGCAGGAGUUGCAGCAAACGCCAAAGUGGGCUCAGAUCUGAUCCAGGUCCUGGCUAUAGACAAUGACAUCGGCAACAACAGCUUGGUCCAGUAUCACAUCGUUACAAUCCGCUACUUCCAGACACAGAGCAAUGGUAGUGAGGAUGUUGGCAGCAUCUUCACCAUCGGACUGACAGAUGGUAUCAUCAGAACCUAUGACCUCUUCACGGCCUACAAUCCAGGCUAUUUUCAGCUUGAGAUCUUGGCAUGCGACAUCGCUGGACACAGCACAACCGCCAAUGUGAAUAUAUAUAUUCUCCGGGAUGACCAAAGGGUCAAGAUAGUCUUCAAUGAGAUCCCUGAUUUGGUCCGUGAAAACCAGGAGAACUUCAUCAAGCUGCUGUCCAACAUUACCGGAGCCAUUGUCAACUUAGAUGACAUACAGUUCCAUGUGGACCAGAAGGGCAGAGUGAACUAUGCUCAGACAGACAUGCUAAUCCACGUUGUCAACAAUCAGACCAACACCAUCCUAGAUGUUCAGAGGGUCAUUCAGAUGAUCGAUGAGAACAAGGAACAGCUGAGAAACCUGUUCAGAAGUUACAACGUGGUGGAUGUUCAGCCUGCUGUCACUGACAAACUGCCUGACGACAUCUCCACACUACAGCUAGUCAUCAUUAUUCUGGCUGUGCUGCUGUGCUUGGCGGGAAUUUUGUUUGCCACUAUGAACUGGCAUUACCGCAGAGUACACCAGAGGAAACUGAAAGCUAUCGUUGCAGGAUCAACAGGGAACCAGGGUUUAAUGGAUAUCCUGGACAUGCCCAACACUAACAAGUACUCUUUUGAGGGGGCUAAUCCAGUGUGGCUAGACCCAUUCUGUCAUAACCUGGAGCUGGCUGCACAGGCUGACCAUGAGGAUGAUCUACCGGAGAACCUGAGUGAGAUACCUGACCUGUGGAACAGCCCUGCACGCACUCAUGGUACAUUUGGUCGUGAGCCUCAAGCGAAGCCAGAGGAUGAUCGUUACUUAAGAGCAGCCAUUCAGGAGUAUGACAACAUCUCUAAACUGGGCCAGAUCAUGAGGGAGGGGCCUAUCAAGGGUUCCCUCCUCAAGGUGGUCCUGGAUGACUACCUGAGGCUGAAAAAGCUCUUUGCAGCCCGACUUGUCACCGUAUCCAACACUCAGGGAGAUCACUCAUCAGUCACUGAGCUGGUCCAGAGUGAUCUAGACGACGAUGAGGAUGAGCGUUUGAGCACAGGCGGAGGUCGUGGCACUCUGCGCUUCAAACAUAAGCUUCCUGUGGAGUUGAAGGGUCCCGACGGUGUUCACGUGGUCCAUGGCAGCACAGGUACCCUCUUGACCUCUGACCUCAACAGCCUACCUGAGGAUGACCAGCGUGCCCUGGCACGUUCUCUGGAGGCACUGAAUGCUGAUGGGGGGCUUUAUUUGGAACGCAAUGCCCGCACAGAGUCUGCCAAGUCUACCCCAAUGCACCGUCACAAGGACGGGGACAACCUGUCACAGUCCCCCCUAGAAAUCACAGAGUUAUGACUAGCCGAGGCCUCGCUGGUCUGAGCCCAACCAUGACUCAUGUGUGUCCUUGUGCCUCUACACCGACACCCUGACAAGGUUGAGGAGGAUGCGAGGAGGAGUGUGUGUAGUCUAGGACAACUCAUCGGCUAACCUCAGUGCAUCUGUGAGAUAGCCUUCAAGGGAACUUACCAGAGUUGGUUUUAGUGGAUCUUAUGCUGAAGAUGGUCCCACAUUAAGUGCUUCAGGAGAAGGUUUGUUCAAAUGACAUUUAGGAGUUGGAACAUCAUUAGCAGAACACCUGUCUUCAGCAUGACAAAACCAACUGAUGUCAUCCACUUUCAUCUGAAGAGCUAAGUCUAAAGGAGAGACUAAGCCUCCCUAUGGGAGAAGCUUGUUGAACUGUGACCUUAUCAUGUUCUUAAGGUGCCUCAUUCUCACUAAUUCUUUGACGUUGCACCUGGGCUGCAUACACUCAUGUAAACACACUCAAGAAAAUGAAGCUACACAUACCCAGA